AUGAGAUCAAACUCUUGGUUUCCACGUCUUGGGUUGCUUUAUGUGGCUUUAGUGGUAUUGAUUCCUUUUUUAGCCUCGUCUAAACAUUCAUUUGCACUUGCCGCUUCUUCUGAUGAAGAUGCUCAUGAAAAUUAUGGAACUGUUAUUGGAAUCGAUUUGGGUACUACGUACUCAUGUGUUGGUGUUAUGAAGAAUGGAAAAGUUGAAAUACUAGCCAACGAUCAAGGUAAUAGAAUAACUCCAUCGUAUGUUGCAUUCAAUGGUGAUGAAAGAUUGGUUGGUGACGCAGCCAAAAAUCAAGCUGCUUCCAAUGUCAACAACACAGUGUUUGAUAUCAAAAGAUUGAUUGGCUUAAAGUAUAAUGAUGACACUGUUCAAAAGGAAUUGAAGCAUAUGCCAUACAAGAUUGAAAACAAGGGCAACAGACCGGUUGUAUCUGUUGAAUACAAUGGCGAACAAAAAGUAUUCACACCAGAAGAAAUUUCGGGUAUGAUUUUGGGGAAGAUGAAGUCAAUCGCUGAGGAGUACCUUGGUAAGAAAGUUACCCACGCUGUUGUCACUGUUCCAGCCUACUUUAAUGAUGCCCAAAGACAAGCAACUAAGGAUGCUGGUACUAUUGCUGGUUUAAACGUUUUGAGAAUUGUUAAUGAACCAACAGCCGCCGCUAUUGCCUAUGGAUUGGACAAGACCAACGAAGAGAAGCAAAUUAUCGUUUAUGACUUGGGUGGAGGUACUUUUGAUGUCUCCUUGUUGUCGAUUGAAGGUGGUGUUUUCGAAGUCUUGGCUACUGCUGGUGACACUCACUUGGGUGGUGAGGAUUUUGACCACAAGAUUGUUAGAUACUUGGCCAAACAAUUUAAAAAGAAACACAAUAUCGAUGUUUCAUCAAACGCAAAGGCAAUUUCAAAAUUAAAGAGAGAAGCUGAAAAGGCCAAGAGAACAUUGUCAUCUCAAAUGUCAACUAGAGUUGAAAUUGACUCCUUUGUUGAUGGUAUUGAUUUUUCAGAAACUCUUUCUAGAGCCAAAUUUGAAGAAUUAAACAUGGCUUCAUUCAGAAAGACCUUGAAGCCAGUUGAACAAGUUUUGAAGGAUGGUAAUGUUAAAAAGUCCGAUAUUGAUGAUAUUGUCUUGGUUGGUGGUUCCACAAGAAUUCCAAAAGUUCAAGAAUUAUUGGAACAAUUCUUUGAUGGCAAAAAGGCAUCCAAAGGUAUUAAUCCAGAUGAAGCUGUUGCUUAUGGUGCUGCUGUUCAAGCAGGUGUCUUGAGUGGUGAAGAAGGUGUCGAUGAUAUUGUCUUGUUGGAUGUCAAUCCAUUGACUUUGGGUAUUGAAACUUCAGGUGGUGUUAUGACCACUUUGAUUAGAAGAAAUACCGCUAUUCCAACCAAGAAGUCUCAAAUUUUCUCCACUGCUGCUGAUAACCAACCAACUGUUUUAAUUCAAGUUUACGAAGGUGAAAGAACAAUGGCCAAAGACAACAACAGAUUGGGUAAAUUCGAAUUGACUGGUAUUCCACCAGCACCAAGAGGUGUUCCACAAAUUGAAGUCACAUUCUCUUUGGAUGCCAAUGGUAUCUUGAAAGUUGAAGCUGCUGAUAAGGGAACUGGUAAGUCUGAGAGUAUUACCAUCACCAACGAAAAGGGUAGAUUAUCAAAAGAAGAUAUUGAUAGAAUGGUUGAAGAAGCAGAGAAAUACGCUCAACAAGAUCAAGAAUUGAAGGAAAAGAUUGAGGCAAGAAACUCAUUAGAAAACUAUGCUCAUCUUUUGAAAGGUCAAUUGAGUGAUAAAUCUGAAACCGGUUUGGGAUCUAAAUUGGAAGAGGACGAUAGGGAAACUUUAGACGAUGCCAUCAAGGAAACUUUGGAAUUCAUCGAAGACAACUUUGAUACUGCAACUGCUGAAGAAUUCGAAGAACAAAAACAAAAAUUGAUUGAUGUUGCAAACCCAAUAACUGCCAAAUUGUAUGGCGGUGCCGGUGGAGCAGCCCCAGGAGGAGAAGGAGAUGCCAAAUUCGGCGAUGAUGACUCAGAUGAUGAUAUAGAUCAUGAUGAAUUGUAA